UCCUCUACUAAUUACAAAGCCUUGAGUGCAGGAUGCCGUUAUGUGUUGUCCCUUGUCCCCUGUCCCUGCCCUGUUGUGACCCACUGUUCCCUCCGUUCCAGUGCCAGGACUACCGCGGUGGCUGGCUCACAGGCGCCCUGUGCGAGGACCUGUGCGUGGCCGGGGAGCUGCUGUACCAGCGCUGCCUGUAUUAUGAGCGUGGCAAGAAGGUGCUGCAGGCCCAGUGGAGGGGCCGGACUGUGGUCCUCAAAUCCAAGAGGGAGACUUUCUCCAGCUUCCCACCCCUCCAUCUGCUGGAGGAGGAAAUGGGGCCGGGUGCCCUGAGCGUCUCCGAGGCUGCCCCGAGCGUCCCCGAGGCUGCCCCGAGCGUCCCCGAGGCUGAGCUGCUCCUGAUGGUGGCUGGGGAAGUCAAGAACACGCUGGGCUUGGAGCUGCCCAACAACAGCAUAGUUCCCCUGUGGCCCGCCAGGCAGGGCCCUGGCUGGCGGCAACAGCUGGCCAGUGCGUGGUCACUGCUCCAGCAAGAGGAAUACGUGUACUUCAGCCUGCUGCCAGAUCUGAGCCGCCACAUCCUGCCCGUGCUGGGAUCCUGUGGCCACUUUUACGCAGUGGAGUACUUGGCUGCCGGUAGCCCUCACCACAGGGCUCUCUUCCCACUGGGUGAUGCUGGCCAGGCACAGGCUAUUAGCCACAUUGCUCUCAGCUUCCUGGACAUGGUGAGCCAUUUCGACAGUGACUUCUCCCACCGCCUCCACCUCUGUGAUGUCAAGCCUGAGAACUUUGCCAUCAAGAGGGACUUCACGGUGGUAGCUAUCGACGUAGACAUGGCGUUUUUUGAGCCCAAGAUGAGGGAAAUCCUCGAGCAAAACUGCACAGGAGACGAAGACUGCAACUUCUUUGACUGUUUUUCUAAGUGUGAUUUGAGGGUGAACAGGUGUGGAGCCCAGCGUGUGAACAGCAACCUACAGGUCAUCUGCGAUAAAAUAUUUCGACACUGGUUCUCCUCAACUCACAGGAGUCCUGCCGUCUCCCCGCAGCUGCGGCUGCAGCUACAGCGGGCCGUUCAGGAGUGCGCUCACCAUGGGGGCCCCUCUGGGAACUCCUGGACUGCCUCCUCCAGUGUGUUCUGGAGGCUUCGAUGGCUCCUGCAGGCCACUCUGAGAGAGCUGCAGGGGGUGGAGAAGUAGUGGCUGGCUUUCUUGCCUUAGUCAUCAAGGGUGGACAGAGGACGUGACCUUCAAGUGAUUUCUCCUGUUGUCGCUAUGCAAAUGCGCUGUCUGUGCCAUUGACACGGUCUUCCGAAGUGUGCGAUCGACUUCUCCUUCUGUGGCUGUGACGUGGACCACCCUUGCUCCUGCCCAGCUUGGUGGUUCGAUCUGGGUUGGUGCUGACUUCUGUCCUGCCACUCCCUCAAAAGUGAGCAGAGGGAGGAGAUUCGGAGUAUUUGACUUGUGGAGUCUCCAGUGUGCAAUCCUCUGUACCUGGCCAUUAGAGACAAAAGGCAGCUGCCCCCUGUUAGCCACUAGCAAGUGAAAGUGUGAAUGUGAGCAUCCAGAUGAGCGUGUUUGCAAAUAAGUGUGUGCAUAUAUGUGCACCCAUGAGUGUGUGAACGUGUUUGUAUAUAUGAAUGUGUACUGUGUAUAUAUGA